CCCACUUGAUCUUUCGUGGGGUGACCUUUCGGUUUGAAUUCAGUGCACCUCCUCCCGAGUCACUGAAAGGUUCCAUGCAGUGAUCACAGUAUACAGCCCUUUUCUCUUGGAUCACUAACCUAUACACACUUUACUCCCUCGCCUCUCUUCACCUUCUCAUCUCUCUGUUAGGCACACCUUCUGGCAGUACCGUAAGGAGAACCCCAAAUCCGGCGUGGGCGACCCUCCUCCCGACGGCCAGCCGGGCUUCAACAGCGGGGUGAUGCUGCUGGACCUGGAGGCCAUGCGGGCCUCGGCCCUCUACAACCAGCUUCUGGAGCCUGAGCACGUGGCUCAUCUGGCUGACCAGUACCACUUCCGGGGUCACCUGGGCGACCAGGACUUCUUCACCAUGAUCGGCAUGGAGCACCCGCAGCUCUUCCACGUGCUGUCCUGCGGCUGGAACCGGCAGCUCUGCACCUGGUGGCGGGACCACGGCUACGGGGAUGUCUUCCAGCUCUAUUACCGCUGCGAGUGGCCUGUUUAUAUCUACCACGGCAACUGUAACACACCCAUACCAGACGACUGAAUGUCCUAAGGGCGGACUAGAACACUUCUAAGACAUCAGGACUAAUUCUUAGCACUUGGAGUAUCGGAACAAGCCAGAAUGUGAUAGCAUCAUUUAGAAAUGCCUAAUGCAGUACCAAAUUGAGCACAGAAAAAGGGUUACAGUUGGUAAAAUAAGUCCUUUGUGACAGCAAUGGACAAG